GUUGUACACGACUUUGGAAAGCGACAGGCAUCAUGCAGGUUUUCGUGGCUCUUGCGGCAUUGCUGGCUGUGGCCAAUGGAUGCGGCCAGCAGGCCAUCCAGCCCCGCACCAUGGGGAUGACUCGGGUGGUGAACGGGGAGGACGCAGCGGCUCACAGCUGGCCGUGGCAGGCUUCGCUUCAAACCUCCUCCAGCUUCCACUACUGUGGCGGCGUUCUCAUCAGCGACCAAUGGGUUCUAUCUGCCGCUCAUUGCUACCAGUCCGACUACUCGACCCACAGCGUGAUUCUGGGUGAGCACGACCGCAGCCGCGGCACUGAGGACAUUCAGGUCAUCCCCAUCGAGCAGGAGAUCGUGCACGAGCGCUACAGCUCCAGGACCAUCGAGAAUGACAUCAUGUUGGUGAAGCUGUCCCGCCCCGCGAGUCUGGGUGAUCACGUGAGCGUGGCGUGCCUGCCUGACCAGGGCGAGACGCACCAUGAAGUGGCCGAGACCUGCUGGAUCACCGGCUGGGGCCGUCUCAGCGGAAACGAGGAUGCCGCCCAGGUCCUGCAGCAGGCUAACCUCCCCCUGAGGAGCGACACUCAGUGCAGCUCGUCCUGGGGAAGGAACUACGACUCCACCAGCAUGCUGUGCGCCGGUCUGAACGGCUCAGGCGGAUGCAUGGGUGACUCCGGUGGUCCUUUCGUCUGUGAGAGGAACGGCGCCUAUGACAUCGUCGGUCUGGUCUCCUGGGGCUCCAGCUCCUGCAGUACCUCCUACCCGACAGUCUUUGCGCGUGUCGCCGCCUACAAGGACUGGAUCCAGCAGAGAACCGGGCUGACCUUCUAAUUGGUCGUCUGAAGCCGCCUCCUGGGUCUCCAUUGGUCAAAUUCAAAACCACCACAACCAAUCAGUGUUUAGAUGAUUGGACAGUUCUUGUCUGACCGAGACCCAGGUCUUGAACGGCGUUGUCUGCGUUUCGCUCAAUAAAGCGAAUGAACAAUC